CUUGCAGGUGCUCCAGGAACCAGCAGUUGAAGACCUGGGUCUGAGGCCCACUUCCUAAAACCAGCACCGCAGAGGAGGCCCAGGCAGUGCCAGGAGUCAAAGUGAGUGCACACCCUGACUGUGUACCAAGGGCCCUACCCCCGCAAACAGGGGAGACCCCACAGCACCCGGCCCUACCCACCUACUGUCAGUCCCGGAGCCUGUGGUUCUGCCUGGCAUCUGUAUCCCGAGGUGCUUUCUCCCAUCCUCCUACAGAUUCUGAGGGAAUAAACCUCUUAGGAAGACAGGAGACCUGUCAGGCCCUAGAGCACCACCCUAAGAGAAGAAGAGCUGUAAGCCGCUCUUUGUCAGAGCCAUCAUAGAUGAGUUUCUCAGCUGAAGCCACUCACACUGUCACUCUCUUCCUCAGGCCUGUGGGAUCCUGUCAUCCCCAUCCCUGCUCCUGUUUACCUGCUGCUCCUGAACAACAGGUCUCAUGCCUCUCUUUCCAACCCUUCCAGGCCUCAGCUUUGAGGCGGACUUCCCGAACCCCAGUGUGAUACAGGACUUGGUAGAUGCACAGGAUUCCAUAGAUGAGGAAGAAGAGGAUGCCUCCUCCACUUCCCCUUCCUCUUUCCACUUUUCAUUCCCCUCCUCCUCUUCCUCUUCCUCAUCCUCACCCUCUACUCUGAUUCUGGGUGCUCCAGAAGAUGAGGAUAUGCCUGCUGCUGGGAUGCCACCUCUUCCCCAGAGUCCUCCUGAGAUUCCUCCCCAGGGUCCUCCCAAGAUCUCUCCCCAGGGUCCUCCACAGAGUCCUCCCCAGAGUCCUCUAAACUCCUGCUCAUCCCCUCUUCUGUGGACCCGAUUGGAUGAGGAGUCCAGCAGUGAAGAAGAGGAGGAUACAGCUACCUGGCAGGCCUUGCCAGAAAGUGAAUCCUUGCCCAGGUAUGCCCUGGAUGAAAAGGUGGCUGAGUUGAUGCAGUUUCUUCUCCUCAAAUAUCAAACAAAAGAGCCUGUCCCAAAGGCAGAGAUGCUGGCGACUGCCAUCAAGCAGUAUAACGACUAUUUUCCUAUGAUCUUCGGGAAAGCCCGUGAGCUCAUAGAGCUAAUUUUUGGCAUUGCCCUGACUGAGAUGGACCCCGACAACCACUCCUGUUUCUUUGAAGACCGAUUAGGCCUCACCUAUGAGGGGAGCCUGAUUGAUGACCAGGGCAUGCCCCAGAACUGUCUCCUGAUUCUUAUUCUCAGUAUGAUCUCCAUAAAGGGCAGCUGUGUCCCUGAGGAGGUCCUCUGGGAAGUGUUGAGUGCAAUAGGGGUGUGUGCUGGGAGGGAGCACUUUAUAUAUGGGAAUCCUAGAAAGCUGCUCACUAUAGAUUGGGUGCAGAGAAAGUUUCUGGAGUACCGGGAGGUGCCCAACAGUGCUCCUCCACGUUAUGAAUUCUUGUGGGGUCCAAGAGCCCAUUCAGAGGCCAGCAAGAGAAGUCCUAGAGUUUUUAGCCAAGCUAUCCAGUAUCAUCCCUAGUUCGUUUCCAUCCGGGUACAUGGAUGCUUUGAAAGAUGUGGAAGACAGAGCCCAGGCCAUAAUUGACACCACAGAUGAUGCUACUGCCACGGCCAG